CCUCCAGCAAUACGUGGCAUCGUGACGUGCGAUCCAGAGCCGCUGAAGACCGUGGCAGCGAACAUGUGCUUCUUCGACUUCGACCUCGCCCUCCUCCGGGAAUUUAACCCUCGCGGAAACGCUCUUCUUCAUGAUAUCGAACGUCCGCCCUGGGCUCACAGAGGACGAGGUGUUCAACAUCGUGGCCUUGCGCGUCGCAGUGGAGCCCGAGGAGUGCGCCGCUGAGUUCCUGCAGGUGGACGAGGGCGCCAAGUUGCUGAGCCCAGAGGACGAGAAGGAGAUAACGAAGCAGCAGAAAACGUUGUCGACUGACCGCGAGAGCAAAGCCACGCUCGUGGCAGACAUGGUCGACUGCAAAGCUCGGAGGCGGGCUGCCGCCGCCGAUGCUGCCGGCAAGGGCCGUGGCAAGGGUAGAGGGAGGGGCCGGGGCGCAGGCCGGGGCGGGCCUGCCCCGCCGCCGCGGUCAUUGGACCGAGAAGCCCUCGCGAUGAUGGAGCAAUCGGAGGCCAAAGUGUUCAUGCCGCCCAAUUCUUUCCUUUGGAAAAGCCGCGCCGAUGCAACGUGGCACGGUCGUUUCAGUGACUUCCCCACGCACAAUCGGAGCACGUCCCUGUGGGGAGAGGACGCCCUUUGGAUCGUGAUCAGCCUUUGCUGGCGCGACUGGUGCUGGUCGACAGCAACCAGCAUGGCAGACUGCCCGAUGACGGGUUUGUGGGCUGAGCCCGCAGCUUGAGCAAUGUAGUUCGUCUUUGUUGUUGCGCGAGCAUGG